AUGGCUUCUAAUACUCUCAAUACCUCCAACCAGCUUCCUACUCAAACCGAUUUCUUUCACAGCGGAGCAAUUCGCAUCUCGGCACGGCCAGGCAACUGUAACAUCUGUGCAGAGCCUCUGGAAACCGAAGUUAUCAAGCUGAUAGCCUGUCGUCAUAUGUUCCACCUGGAAUGUGCCAUAGCGUGGUUUGAAUCAGAUAACGCCCGUAGAGGCUCCUGUCCGAAUUGCCGCUGCGAGCUAUUCGAGCCUGCACCGCUCACUCAAGCUCAGAUAGACGCGCUUGACGAGGAGAUGAUGGAUCCGGACGACCAGGAGGCAGAUGAUGAUGAGCGGUACGAGCUGUCCGAUUUGGACGAGCAGGAGCCAUAUGUAGACGAGCCAUACGGGCCGCACUACGAUCCGCCCAUGUCAGAGUUCAUCGACGAUUCCGACGCACCACCAGUUCCGCGACGCGUCCGACGUCGCAGGACCAAUACUGAACCUGUAGCCGAGCCUGUUGAUCAGCACCCCGUGCAGCCGCCACCUCGGGCAAUGCUGGAUCCUCGCCCGUGGCGAGUGCUAUACGAUACCCAGGCGUUCAGGGAUGAGACAGACGCGGGAGUGGCGGGAUUACUCGCUUCUGCUAAAGAGCUCAACCAAACUGAAGCCUUGUGGAGGGCAACGCACACGCGUCGAUUUGAUGUGCUCCGCAAUGAUGCUGACGAGUCUGUCGAUAACGAGGUGGUACCCAUCAGUGCGGGAAGUCGUAGAGGAAGUCAGGAUGGACCACAAGCUAGAGAGGGAAAGGGAGAACGGGUAGAAUCAAAUUCGGAUGAAGACGCUAUCAAGUGUCUUUACGACGACAUUGAAGAACCAUGGCAGCUUCUGCCACCCCAAGGUGAUUCUUCCGCACAUUCAGAAGUCUAUGAAGACCUGGAUCAAUCGUGA